GAAAUCGACCAAACCUCGCCACAUGGAAAGGUGUAGCACACAAGAAAAUACAAAUAUUCAUCUUUAAGGACAGCAAUAGGGCUUAUUAUUUUCUAGUAAAAUGGUUGUUCAAGUAAAACCCAGCGUGCAAUGCAGCAAGGUCACGGAGGGGAGUCUGCAAAAAGUAGAAGCUAAUAUCUUACUUCUUGGUGCGGAAAAUGUCGGAAAAUCAGCUCUCACCGUGCGAUUUCUUACAAGGAGAUUUAUUGGCGAAUAUGGAGAUAUAGAAUCGAUCUACAGUCACAUUGACAAGAUUGAUGGUCGAGAAAUAUCCUUCAAUAUCUGGGACUCACUUUACCCCCAGGGCUGUGAGACAACUGAGACCAUCAGCGACAAACAACUUCAGUGGGCAGAUGGUGUGAUCCUCGUCUACAGCAUCUGUGACCGAUCCAGUUUCGAGGUAGCGCAGCAACAAGUGCGGAGCAUCCGUCACGCAAGGAAGAUGUCUGCCUCAGGACCCAUCAUUAUCGUGGGGAAUAAACGCGACUUGCAGCAUCGGCGGACAGUUACGAGUGAGGAAGGUCGACUGCUUGCCCUCUCCGAAGACUGCGUGUUUUUCGAGAUAUCCGCAGCCGAAACCUACCACGGUGUGCUUCUUGUGUUUCAUGGACUCCUUGACCUUAUAAAAGAAUCAAGAGCCCCGCGGAAAGGUGCAGCUGGUAUUAAAAGUAUAGUGAGAAGCAUGUCGGCUGUUUUCGGAAAGAAACGUGCUACCGAGUAGUUGGCUAUGUUUAUUACCCAAGCCGAGUGCUUGGUAACCGUACACAUUUAGCAGUAGAAGUCUGCCGUGACUACACACGUCACGAUGAAGCCGUUGGCUUGAAAUGGGACUGGAAAAGUACAAAAAGAUGGACCAUGCAGGUUGAAAUAGAGAAGCUGUCAGACAGCGGCGGAUGUCUGACACACAAGUAAACAAUGGGUGCUGUAUGCGUUCAGAUCAUAUAUAUUGGGGUUAUUUGGUGUGGCAGUUGGAAGUAAAACUAGAAGUUUCAGCGUGCACUAUUUUUAGCCUUAUCAAAAGAACGAGGUAGAUCUCUUGAAUUGUUGUCGAUAGCCUACAAACCGUGAGAGGUAGGCCACAAAUAGGACCUAAAGCGUAGGCUAGCUUUAGCUUUGUAGCCUACAGUCUAUGUCAGGGUGAGUCUAUGUGCAGUUGUGUUCAUUGCGUGAUCGACUGUACAGUUCACUUACAGUAGACUACGGGACAUUCAGCAGUUUGCUGGUGUUAAAAAAAAAAUAUAUAUUGUAGCCUUCAGUCAACAAUGUAAUGUUAACGGCUACUGCCACCCUACAGACUGAUGUACAUUUUAUUGUGAUUGUGCAUUCACAAUGUUGCUGUAUAUUGCCUGAUGAUGAACAUGCGUAUAAGACACAUAUUCACGUUAUGUUUGUGAACACAACAUUUUUGUUAUUGAUAUGACUGACUUUGCUUCGUUUAGGCCUAGAUGUAUUAUAGCUACACAUUGUUACAUUUCUAGCGAGGAAAACAUUUGUUAAGUUGAUGUGGAUGUGAUUGUCUGUUUUAUUUUUUAACUAAAUAAAAAUGAUGAAUUGA